GAAGGCGGAACUUUCUACCCGGAAGUGUCUCGGCUGCUUGCGGGGUUGUCUAUAGGAAAAGCCAUGUGAGAGCUGACUACCAGUGAAAACGUUUACUAACAGCAAUUAAUGUCUAAGUAAGCACGAGGAAGCGAAGUCAAUAAUAUACUGAAGAUGACAGCACAGGAGGUGCGGCUGUGUGGUCUCCUCCUGAGAGAGCACUUUGGUGAAGUGGUGGAGAGAGUUGGAGUUCACCUGCUGCGCAGUGGCGCUCUCAGUCUGCGGGCUCUGGCUCAUGAAACCAGCACAUCCCUGGACCUGGUGAAGAAGUGUCUGUGUGUUCUGGUGCAGCAUGGUAUGUGUAAGUUUGGUCCAGGCCGUCGGGGUCCUGCUGGUCCUGUUGAGUACCAGAUUAACUGUGAGCGCAUUCUGUACAUGCUCCGCUACCCGCGCUACAUCUACACGGCUAAGAGUCUGUACGGAGACACGGGAGAGCUGGUUAUAGAGGAGGUACUGCAGAGGGGUCAGAUGACCAUGAGCAGUGUGGUCAGGACUGUAGCAGACAGACUGACACAGAAUAUGGAGGAUGGCCAGAGUAUGGACUACAGCGAGGUGAUGAAUGCAUUCUCCCGUUUGGUGGAGACUCAUUUCCUUCAGCGCUGCCCUCCAGUGGAUAGUUUGGGAGCAACAGUCUUAAGAACAUCAUGCCCAGGAACUUCUGACUCUCCUGCUAAUGCAACACCUCAGCCUGCUCAACCAGAGAGCAACCCAGACUGUUAUAAAGUUCCCCAGAUCCACCUCACUGGUCGGGGUAAACGCAGGCGAUCAAGUGGAGAUGCUGAAACAAAUGAUAGCGGAGCAAAGAGAGCCAAAUUGGAAAAGACAGAGCAGUGUGGCGAUGAGGGAAUUUAUUGGCAGGUGAAUUUUGAGCGGUUUCACUUGCAUUUCCGACAUCAGGCCAUCAUCGGAGCUGUAGCUUCCAAACUGGACCAGACCAGCAGUGAGAUUGUCAGGACCAUGCUGAGAAUGAGUGAAGUGACAACACCAGCUACUGCUGCCUACACACAAGCCGUUUCAGCUAAUGAGAUCUUCCGAGCGCUCCCUCCCAGUUACAACAUCGGCAGACCCAUACUGGACCAGUACCUGACUCUACUGGUGGAUGAUCCGAUGGAGUUUGUGGGUAAGACAGGUGACAGUGGAGGAGGAAUGUACGUUGUCAAUCUGCACCGAGCGUUGGCUAACCUGGCCAGAGCUACACUGGAGUCUGUAGUCCAGGAGCGAUUCGGUUCACGGUCAGCCCGGAUUUUCCGCCUGUUGUUACGGAAGAAGCACUUGGAGCAGAAACAGGUGGAGGAUUUUGCCAUGAUUCCAGCAAAGGAGGCUAAAGACAUGCUGUACACUUUGCUGUCUGAGAACCUGGUUCAGCUACAGGAAAUCCCAAAGACCCCAGACUAUGCCCCUUCCCGUACCUUUUACCUCUACACUGUUAAUCAGUUGCCCACUGCCAGACUCCUGCUGCAGAACUGCUACAAGGCAGUGGGUAACCUGAUAGAGAGGAGACUGUUUGAGACCAAAGAAAACAAACGGCAUUUGGAGAAGUCACAGCGUAUAGAAGCAAUCCUGGCAUCCCUGCAGGCCAGCGGGGCUGAGACAGCUCAGCUGGCUGAGGUGGAAGAGAUGAUCACUGCACCCGAGAGACAGCAGCUAGAGGCUCUCCGCCAUCAUAUCAACAAGUUGGAUUCGAGCGAGAACCAGGUGGAUGAGACGAUAUUCCUUCUAGAGGCUUAUGUUAACUCAGCUGCAUCCUCACGCUGACACAGUAGUGGAUGUUUGGUUAAUUAGAUCUAGUUCCUGAAGUUGGGUUUGUGUUUGUGUCUGUGCAUGUAUGCAUGAGGGGAGUCACAAAUAUGUAAAAUUGGCUUUGCUUUGUAUUUUUGCUGCAUUUACUCAAAUUUGUGUAGGUGAUUAUUUAAGUUAUGAGGAAGGACGAAUAGUAUGUAACUUCUGUCAUGCUGGUUUGUGAUACCUGUCAUAUACAUGUUUUACCUAGAGAACUGAUUAUUUUAUUACAGACAUGGACACAAACAGAAUAUGAACAUAAUAAUAAUAAUAAUGAUAAUGAUAAUGAUAAUAAAUGUACUUGAUUUCA